AUGGGUAUAAAUAAUAAAAUAAUGUAUGUAGAAUCAUUAGAGAAUGAUGAUUACACGGAUAAAGAUGAUGGAACAUUUUUAGGACAAUUUAGAAAUUCAUUCCUUGAAAUAUCAACCUAUUAAUUACAUAAACAUAAAUAGAAAUAAAAAUUAAAUAGGAGCAGCAACAGAUUUUAAAUAAGGAUCCUGAAAUAUUUGAAUAAUAAAAGAAUGAUCUAAAUAAAAUUAAAUCAGAACAUAUACAUCAAAGGAAGAAACGUAAAUAAAACAGAGAAUAUAAAUAUUGUUUAGAAAUCAACUUUUGGAAAUAACAUUCUAAAUACCUGCUUACUUUAUUUAUGUAAAUAAAAUAGCUAUGCCAGAAUUCAUAUAUUCUAUAAAAAUUGAUA